GGCAGCUCCAGACUUGGUGGGCCUAAGCUCCGCCCACGGGUGACAGGACUUGGACAUGGGGGAGUCCGGAACAGCAGAGCGGUGACCCGAGACACCCUGCUAUGGAUAGCGCAAUAACUCUGUGGCAGUUCCUACUCCAGCUCCUGCAGGAGCCUCAUCACAAGCAGGUAAUCUGCUGGACCUCAAAUGAUGGAGAGUUCAAGCUCCUCCAGGCCGAGGAAGUGGCCCGGCUGUGGGGUGUGCGCAAGAAUAAGCCAAGCAUGAACUAUGACAAGCUGAGCAGGGCUCUCCGCUAUUACUAUGUCAAGAAUAUCAUAAAGAAAGUAAAUGGCCAGAAAUUUGUGUACAAAUUUGUUUCAUACCCAGAUAUUCUUACUAUGGACCCUCUGACAUUGGGUCGAGGUGAAGGAGAGACAGAAGGCCAUCAGACUGAAUCUGUCAGUAUAUGCACUGGCAGAGACAAGGAGAACUGUGGUAAAGAGCGAAUGGCAAUACCUCCCACCAAAGCCUCUGGUCGUAAUGACUAUUUACACUCUGGUUUAUACACAUCCUUUACCCUUCAGACUCUGAAUACAGCAGGUGCAAAUCUCUUCAAACCCAUCAAUGUGGAGACUCCUAUUGAGAAAAAAAUUGUACAUGAGUCAGCUUCCUCUGUAAUCAAGUUUGUAACAACACCAGCCAAAAAUCCUGAGCAAGCACAUAGGGUACCCUCCAUCCCUCCUCAGACUCAGGACCCACAUGAAAAACCUGCAGAACCACCACCAAAUAUAGCAAUUCAUUUGGUUGUUCCUUAUCCCACCUCUUCCAUCACCCCAAAUCCCAUGCAUUCUCAACCUACAUCCUCAGUCUUAGAUUCCAACCAGGAUAUUGAUGCAGAUUUGGAGCCUGUGACUUCAACAUCCCUGGAAUUUUCUCAUGAGAUGUCUAUGGAGGUUGAUAAAUCUAAUCCUGAGUCUGAUGCUGAACCGGAGCCAGAACCUGAACUGGAGCCUGAAGCAGAGCCAGAACCAGAACCCUACCUGUUGGACAUGAAAAGCAAGCCUAAAAAACCCAAAGAGCUUGAGUUGGCUCCCACUGUUUUCAUCACAACCAGCGACUCAAACCCUCUGGGUAUCCUCAGCCCCUCACUGCCCACAGCAUCUCUCACACCAGCAUUUUUCUCUCAGACCCCAAUUUUGUUGACUCCCAGCCCCCUGCUCUCCAGCAUACACUUUUGGAGCACAUUGAGUCCUGUGGCCCCUCUCAGUCCAGCAAGACUUCAUGGUGCAAACACGUUGUUUCAGUUUCCUUCGGUAUAUAACAGCCACAUGCCUCUUACCUUAUCAGGCUUUGAUAGCCCGUCAACACCAGGACCCUUUUCUCCUGAUCUGCAUAAAUCCUAGCACAGAAGCACAACAAAGAAGGGAUAAGACAUAAAA